AUGAUGGCUGCUUUGGGCGGCCGGCGCUGCUGGGACCCAUUGGGAGAGAGCCUCUCGUGUGACGCGAUGGAGGGAGGCAGAUGCUUUGGGCUGCAGGGCGAGUACUACACAUUUGCCGCCGAGGACUACAGUGUCUUCACCUCCGAGGCCCUUUCCGAGGAGUGCUUUGACGAACUCGCCGAGGCCUUGGAGACACAGCUCUCUGCUGACCCUGCGGUGCUCUUCGUUGCGACCGACGGCUCUGAGGACAAGAACGUGGGCACCUUUGCCGUUGCCGUGCACCCGGGUGACUUUGUGUGCGCUUUGGGCACGGCCGAAGAAGACCAGUCGCCUUUCAAGCAAGAGCUUCUUGGUUUCGACUUUGCGGCGAGGGCCGUAGUUCAAGCGGUGGCGCGCUCCUUGUGGGCUCGCCGUGUCGUCUUUGUUCUCGACUGCCAGUCGGCCCUCUCCCUGGUGCUGCAGACUGGCGCCAACUUCAGCUACUACUUGAAGCUUGUUGACUCCGUCCAGGCUUCUCUACGUGUACUCCGUGGUCGUGGAGUGGCUGUCUCUUGUGUGUGGGUCCCAAGUCACGGGAAGCGGCCAGGAUGGCAAGCCCCUCCUGGUCUCUGUGGAGACUUUCUCCACAGGCUCACCGCUUCAGCUGACGAGGCCGCUGGAGAGUGCCGACUUCGAAGGUUCUCUGGCGGCGCCAUGGAGGCUUGGUGGCAGCGCCGUGAUGCUGCCAGGGCCUGGGAACUUCGUGCCAUCCAGGCCUCUGCUGCUUCUGAUGAGGCUCUCCACUGUGAGCUCCGUCGUCACGGCCUUCGCCCUCGUGAACGGGCUCCCGGAGAUGGUGCAGCUGACCCGCCUCCUGGCAAUGAGGCGGCCACUGAAAGCGACGCUGGCACUCCCCUGGCUGCUGGCGGCCAGUUCCUCUGA